AUGACACCUUCCUCUCAUGCCAACACGUCUGAUACAAACCUCACCAUUUCCAACUCAGACACGAUAUCUCAUCAACAAUCGCACCAAGGUAGCCUCUAUGAUGCUGGUAUCAGAUCUAGAAACAAGAAACUCGAUGCAUUUGAUCAGGAAAGAAUUACUACGAGUACAUCGACAAGUAAUCGAGCUGUGAGCACUAAUUCUACUAGGGGGCUAGGUCAUAGUGCUGAUCGGGUUCGGUCAACAUCUAGUCGAGGAGAGAGAUUAAGAGGAGAAAAUCGAGCAUUUAACCACGAAACAAAAAGAGGUUUAUGGGAUGGGUCAUGGGCAGCCCAAGGAUUAAAUACCCUGCAGGACAUGGCGUUUUCAUUUGUUAAUGGCAAUAGUGAAAUAAAAGAAAGAGAAACCUCAAGGAGCUGGGCUUCUCCUCCAAACUUAGAAGGCUUCACAGGAAAUGGAAAGGGAAAAGGGAAAACCAAGAUGCGCAGUAAUUGGGGGCCAGGAAAUAUAUGCGGAGAAAAUACCGAUGCGGGUCUUAACAAAGGGAUCAUUGAAAAUAGAGACAAAAAACAUCACGAGAGACUAAAAGCACGAGUGCUUGAGGGUCAGGAUGAUUUUGCAUAUACUGUGGACAGUAUGGGAAACUGCAAACGUCGAACCUCUGUCGCAGAGACGCAAUCCAGUGGAAUAAAUGAAGAAGAAAAUAUUUUGGUUUACAUGCAUCAUGUCCAACCGGAAGAUACGCUUCAAGGAAUUGUACUUAAAUUUCAUGCUCAAAUGGACGUAUUUAAGAAAGCGAACCGCUUAUGGACUGGAGAUCUGAUACAGAUCAGAGAGAGAGUAUUCCUACCAGUUGAGGCGUGUGCAAUCAAAGGAAGACCUUGUUCACCGCCUAAUGUGGAAAAUUUAUCUAACCAAAAUCCUCGGUCACAGUCAUCAUCCCAGGAACAUAUCUCUUUUGCUAACAACACUGAUCUAUGGAAAGUUGCAGAACAUUCCGAGGAUAACAGCAAACCUUGGAUACACGUACGCUGGGUACUAUUAGAUACUUCGACCAAACCUGUUGAGGUCGUACGUAUUCCACGAAAAACACUCAAUUAUUUUCCACCACGUCGGAGAAAAAGUCUUGCUACAGCCUCGACCGUUUCGACUCCCCGUAUCUCAUCCGAAAUUCCUACCUAUUCUCAAUCCUCUCUUGAAAGCCAAGCAAAUUCGCCGUCUCGUUUAAUUUCAGGAAAUACUCAUACCGCUGCACAACCCUCUCUAACUACUUCUUAUUUUCCUCAACCCAAUUCGUCAUCUAGUCGUCGAGAAUCAGUAUGCGGCGCAGCUAAUCGUCUUGGAUGGCUUCGGGGGCCCGGUGGUGUUGGAACAAUGGAUAAAAAUGUUCGAAAGCCAGGACCUGCAAAUGAUGCACUGAAUACCUGGACUAGCAAGCAAUUUCCUGGUAUAGCCAUAGACUCUCUUCCUUCAACAUCUACGCUGGUUAUCGAUGCAGGACAAAUGGAAUUAAACAGCGAGUGUAUCGCGAGUACACCUAGCGAAGGGCCCCCAACUUCUCAUGUUUCCGGAAACAUUGGUGGAAGGCUAGCCUUCCCAAACGUAAACCUGAAUAGUGUGGAGAAUUGGGUUCGAAAGAUUGCAACUAGAGUUCAAGUACCUGGGACGGCAAGAGAAGACGCUAUUGAAAUGCUGGAUGGUGCUGGCAGUGAUGAUGGGAGGGGCGUCGAAACGUCAAGCGCAUGUUACUCAUCAGACACGGCUCUACGCGGCCGUAGGUAUGUAAUUCAGUCAUCGAUUCGCGACGCUGCAAAUAACGCAAAGAGCGAAUAA